GCUGACAAGGCGUACGCCCUGGAAAUGAAAGAGAUUGGGAUAAAAAUGGUGGAUGAGGAGAGCUCUCUCGAGCUGCUCAGAGCUGUGAGGGGCAAUGCUGAUUUUUUAUUUUCAGUUGACUUCCCCAGAGUGCAAAAGUCUCAAGUCAGCUUGUCGCACGCCAUCUCCAGAAAAAACAUAAAGUACGACAAUGCAAGAGAAGAUCACGCAGUUAUGCAGUGCAUCUCGAUGCUUGAUGAUAUGACAGUGGACAUAAACGACUAUUUCAUGCGAAUCAAAGAAAUGUACUCGUGGCACUUCCCAGAGCUCAUAGAUUUGUGCAAAACUCAGAUAGACUAUCUGGGAGCCAUUGGCACCGUAGGAAACAGAGAAACUGCAGAUAAAGAGGCAGUUCUGCAGCUGGAGAAUGGAGACGCCAUUGUGGACGCCAUGAACAACACAAUAGGAGGAGAUUUGACAGAAGAAGAUCUGACAAUGAUUAUGGAGCUUUCAGGUGUUGUGAUGGAAAAGAUAGAGCUGUACACACACGCGGUAGAGCAUCUGGAGAAGAGACUCUCCACUGUUGCGCCCAAUCUCACUGCGCUAGUUGGAAAGAUGGUGGCUGCCAGGCUUAUCCUUAAGGCCGGAGGGCUAAGCAAGCUUGCAAUGUGCCCAUCUUCCACAAUUCAGGUUCUUGGUGCAGAAAAGGCCCUUUUUAGAGCUAUGAAAAGCAAAGCAAAAACACCAAAGUACGGGCUUAUUUUCCACUCCUCGUUUAUCAACUCAACAGCACCAAGAAUGCGCGGGAGAGUAAGCAGAUACCUCAGCUCCAAGUGUGCACUCGCCAGCCGUAUUGACUGCUACUCGGAGAGAGUAACAGACGCGUACGGGGUGGCCAUGAAGGGCAUGGUGGAGGAAAGAGCCAAGGGAAAGAGCAUGCACCACAUGCCCACUGAUACAGUCUUGCAGAAAGUGUCCGAAGAUCUCGAAAAACAAAAUGUCGAAAAUCACUAG